UGUUUUCUUUCUUCCUUCUCCUUAAGCUCUGCGCCCUCCCGGCCCCUCUGAUCACCACUUUCUGCCCGCGCCUCCAAGCAGCACCCGACUCCACUUCCUCCAGAUCUCGCCCUUUGCCAACAGCAGCUGGACGCGCACCGACGGCUCCGCCUGGCUGGGGGCGCUGCAGACCCACUCUUGGAGCGAUGGCUCAGACAUACACUUCCUGAGACCCUGGUCCCAGGGCAAGUUAAGCGACCACCAGUGGGAGCAGCUGCAGCAAGUGUUCUGGGUGUACCGGAGCAGCUUCAACAGGGAAAUCCGGGGAUUCGCCAAAAUGCUGCACGUGGACUAUCCCUUUGUGGUCCAGGUGUCCGCUGGGUGUGAGGUGCACCCUGGAAGCCCCCCAAAAAGCUUCUUCCACUCAGCAUUUCAAGGAAGCAAUUUAUUGAGUUUCCAGGGAACUUCUUGGGUGCCAGCCCCCGAUGCCCCACAUGGGGCCGAGGUGGUCAGCAACGAGCUCAACAAGGACCAAUACAUCAGGGACACAUUAGAGUGGCUCCUCAGUGACAUUUGCCCCCAAUUAGUCACGGGCCUCCUUGAAGCAGGACAGCAGGAUCUGGAGAAGCAAGUGAAGCCCGAGGCCUGGCUGUCCAGUGGCCCCCCGCCUGGCCCUGGCCGUCUGCUGCUGGUGUGCCACGUCUCAGGAUUCUACCCAGAGCCUGUGUGGGUGAGGUGGAUGCGGGGGCAGCAGGAGCAGCCGGGCGCUCAGCAAGGGGACGUCCUGCCCAAUGCUGAUGAGACCUGGUAUCUCCGAGUGACCCUGGACGUGACUGCUGGGGAGGCAGCUGGCCUGACCUGCCGAGUGAGACACAGCAGCCUCGGAGGCCAGGACAUCGUCCUCUACUGGGGUGAGAACUAGGGCCCCGCGGGGAGGGGAUGUGGU